UUAAUGGCUUGCUUCUGGUGUUGAUUGCCAUGUUUACACCUACUAUGUUGUAAUGAACCCAUGUGACAGAGAGGGGAGGGAAGGGGUCCUAACAGAGAAAAGGGAUGAGACACAAGAAUGUGAGGGGAGCUGAAAACAAGUGUGUGAGCUCAGUGAAGUCGGCUUGAAGUUAAGGUGGAAACCACAGUGCAGUGAACACACAGUUGUUGGGAUGAGUGCUACAAUGAAUAUGACAGAAAUCUACAGCAUCUAUAAUGAAGGAAAUGUCUCUGGAAAUGGAAGUAUGGGCAUCCUGAACAUCUCCUACACCCUAAACCAAACCAUCGAUAUCUUCACCAUCAUCAUCCUCUUCAUCACCAUGAUAUCCCUCGGCUGUACGAUGGAGAUUUCCAAAAUUAAGACCCAUCUUCUCAAGCCAAAAGGAGCAGCCAUUGCACUGCUGGCCCAGUUCAGCAUCAUGCCCCUCACUGCCUUCUGUCUGGCCAAAGUCCUACAGAUGGAUCCCAUCAAGGCUGUGACUGUGCUCAUCUGUGGCUGCUGUCCAGGGGGAAGCUUAUCAAACAUUUUUUCCUUGGCCAUAAAGGGUGACAUGAACCUCAGCAUUGUAAUGACCACUUGCUCCUGUAUCGCGGCCCUUGGUCUGAUGCCUUUGCUGCUCUUUAUCUUCUGCCAAGGGUUCCCAGGUCUGGAAAAAGCUGUACCAUAUCGCAGCAUCAUCAGCGCUCUGGCGCUUACCCUGGUGCCUUGUGCCAUUGGCAUUGUCAUUAAUCACUACAAACCAACCUACUCACCAAUGGUGAAAAAAGUUGGUCUCAGCAUCCUGGUCAUCUCCAGCAUCGUAGUGUCCAUUCUGUCUGGUAUCGCUGUCAAAGACGUAUUGUGGAUGAUCCUCACACUUGAUGUUCUGUCCGUGGCCUCGCUGAUGCCACUGAUUGGCUUUAUGAUGGGAUAUGCCAUGUCUGCUAUAUGCAGGCUCAGCCCACAAUGCUGCAGGACCAUCUCCAUGGAAACAGGGUGUCAAAACAUCCAGCUGUGUGUUGUCAUCCUAAAGGUGGCCUUUCCCCCGCAUGUCAUUGGACCCAUGUUUCUCUUCCCUCUGAUAUACAUCACAUUCCAGUGUACCGAGGCCCUUCUCCUGGCCCUCUGCUUCAGAUGUUACCAAACAUUCAAGCCACCAGCUGAGGAUGGUGGAAUAUAUGACAGUGUGGACCCUAAACCGGAGGCAGUGAAACAUCCAUGACAGCCUCACUGAUCAACCCGACGGGCUGGAGAGGAAACAAACGAAGAUCCGACCUACUGAGGCUGCAGCUUUUCAGCACCUCCCUGUCUCAGUAUCAGAUGUUUAUUCUCAGGCCUGUGAUACUGACAGAAAAGUUGAAAAUAAUUAAUACAUUAAUUACUGUUUACUUAAGUGAGACUAUACAACAUUAGGUAUGGGUAAUGCUGAAGUCAGAAGAAAGUUAUCUAUUUUGUAUUUGUAUUUUUGUAUUCAAAAUAGGUGGCGUAAGACUGAAAUUAGCAAAUUUUGGAGAUUGCGAAUGAAUAGGUUUAUUAGAUCACCAUUAUGGGUGUGUCAUUUGCUCUUUUGAGACAGCGCUGUGCUGUAUGUUAUUUCAGUUCUUCAUUAGAAAAUAUGAGGACGUUCAAUCUUGUUUGAAAGUUGUGUAAUGAAAAAGGAAGGAUACGAGAAAUCUGAACACCUCAAAUAAUAUUUAAUCAAAAUGGUCAUAUGGUAUAUACAGAGUAAAAUUAACUUAAAACUUUGUACAUAUAUUAAAAUACCAUCUUCACAAAAAAAAGUCCAUUCCUCAGCCCUAAACAAAAUUCAAUGGACAGUUGAACAAAGUGAACACCAACAUUAAUCUGUACACUUAGACAUUUUGUGCUGGAUCUUUCCAACAGUAUCACACAUAACGUGCCUGUAGUACAAUUAAAACUGAAGGGGCAAAAUGAAAAGAUCUACUUUUUUUUCUCCUUUCUUACAUAUAGUAAUGUAAAUGAAAAAAUCUCAACAUAAAGUUUCCUGGAGCUGUGGAAGCAUAAAAAAAGCCAUGGCUGAUCAACAGCAUUCUGGACACAAAUAAAUUAAAUACACAUUUUAGUUUCCUGUUAAGACUUUAAACAGGAAUAUUUCAAGCAGCCUGCAUAAAUUAAGAGAAUAAUAUUUUCUGGUUUACAAGUGAUGUGUCACACAUAAUAUCACCAAGCAGUGGAGGCAUUUAACUGACAUUCAUUUUUAAAACUCCUUAUUUUACAUAUAGAUACCUGUGCAUAGAAGUGUAAAGCUAAGGCCAGUGGGGGCAUGGGUAUGGGGAGAGUAUAUCUGAAGUCUCUGCAGGGAUGAAAUGCAUUGAACGCAGGCAUGAAACAACACAUCUCUUAAAACGCAGCAGAGAGAACUCAGCCGAAGACAAACAGCCUUAAACUGUACAGUGACAAAAGGAGUGACGAGUCAUGAAUGAUGAUCACAAAAAUCUUUGAAAACAAUGUUGGAAGUGAGAAUGACUUGGACAACAAUGUAGAUUAUCUGGCUUUCAUGCAUCUUUGCCAUGUGUGUCUUAAAUGUGGCGAUAUGUGGUUGAAGAAACAGAACAAUAAACAAGACACCAAUGAGAUUAUUAGCUCCCAAA